CGGGAGCAAGAGGGCGGGCGCGCAGCCGGAUUCACGUUCGGCCGUGCCACGGAGCUGUCUUCCCACCCGCCCGUCCGGGGAACAACGGGCCGGGCUUCCGGGGAGAGGGCCCACACCAUCUCCUCUCCGGCAGCAGCCUCCUCCAUUUUUCCGGGCCUUGCGUGGAGCUCUUUGGCGGAUGCAUUGAAUGAAUGAAUGUCAUCGGGGUUCUUUCCAACCCUCCACUCUCCCCAGCCAUCUGAGGGUGGCGUGGCAUAGUGAGAGGAGAUCUAAGUUGUCGGGAGAUCUGGGUGUUUUCCCCCAAGACUCUGAAAGAGGACAGCAUUCCCAAUGUCCCAGUUUAAGCGCCAGCGGAUCAACCCACUACCAGGGGGACGCAACUUCUCAGGCGCAGCUUCAACAUCUCUUCUGGGUCCUCCUCCUGGUUUGCUCACUCCUCCUGUGGCCACAGACCUGUCCCAAAAUGCCAGGCACCUUCAGGGUGGAGAGAAGCAGCGGGUCUUCACUGGCAUUGUUACCAGUUUGCAUGACUACUUUGGGGUGGUGGAUGAAGAGGUCUUUUUUCAGCUAAGUGUGGUGAAGGGCCGGCUGCCCCAGCUGGGUGAGAAGGUGCUGGUGAAGGCUGCAUACAACCCAGGCCAGGCAGUGCCCUGGAAUGCUGUCAAGGUGCAAACGCUCUCCAACCAGCCCCUACUGAAGUCCCCAGCACCUCCCCUUCUACAUGUGGCAGCCCUGGGCCAGAAGCAAGGGAUUCUGGGAGCCCAGCCCCAGCUGAUCUUCCAGCCUCACCGGAUUCCCCCACUCUUUCCUCAGAAGCCUCUGAGUCUCUUCCAAACAUCCCACACACUUCAUCUGAGCCACCUGAACAGAUUUCCUGCUCGGGGCCCUCAUGGACGAUUGGAUCCAGGCCGAAGCGAUGACUAUGACUCCAAGAAACGCAAACAGCGCGCUGGUGGAGAGCCUUGGGGUGCUAAGAAACCAAGGCAUGACCUGCCUCCUUACCGAGUCCAUCUCACUCCCUACACUGUGGACAGCUCCACCUGUGACUUCUUAGAACUCCAGCGCCGUUACCGCACCCUGCUGGUUCCCUCAGAUUUUCUGGCUGUGCAUCUGAGCUGGCUGUCGGCCUUCCCUCUGAGCCAGCCCUUUUCCCUCCAUCAUCCAAGCCGCAUCCAGGCAUCUUCUGAGAAGUUGCCAGCUCCAGACGCUGGUGCUGAGCCCACGCCCACAGACAGUGACCCUGCUUACAGUUCCAAGGUACUGCUGCUCUCUUCCCCGGGGUUGGAGGAAUUGUAUCGUUGUUGCAUGCUCUUCGUGGAUGACAUGGCUGAGCCAAGGGAGACGCCAGAACAUCCUCUGAAGCAAAUUAAAUUUUUGCUGGGCCAGAAAGAAGAGGAGGUAGUGUUGGUGGGGGGCGAGUGGUCUCCUUCUCUGGACGGCCUCGACCCCAAGGGCGACCCGCAGGUGCUCGUCCGCACUGCCAUCCGCUGCGCGCAAGCCCAGACUGGCAUCGACUUGAGUGCCUGCACCAAGUGGUGGCGCUUUGCUGAGUUUCAGUACCUGCAGCUGGGACCCCCGAGGCGGCUCCAGACCGUGGUGGUGUACCUGCCGGACAUCUGGACCAUCAUGCCUACUUUGGAAGAGUGGGAGGCCCUGUGCCAGCAGAAGGCUGCAGAGGCAGCUCCCCCGCCCCAGGAGGUGCCAGUGGAAACAGAGCCUACAGAACAGGCAGCUGAUGCAUCAGAGCAGGCAGCAGACACCUCUAAACAGAAUGCAGAGAAUCCAGAGGUCACUGCACAGCAGGAAAUGGACACCGAUCUCCCAGAGGCCCCUCCACCCCCUCUAGAACCUGCUGUCAUGGCACGCCCCAGCUGUGUAAAUCUGUCCAUCCAUAGUAUUGUGGAGGACCGGAGGCCAAAAGAAAGGAUCUCUUUUGAGGUGAUGGUGUUGGCUGAGCUGUUUCUGGAGAUGCUGCAGAGGGAUUUUGGCUAUAGGAUUUAUAAGAUGCUGCUGAGCCUUCCUGAAAAGGUCGUGGCCGCACCUGAACCUGAGAAGGAGGAGGCGGCCAAGGAGGAAGAAGCGGUCAAGGAGGAGGCCAAGGAGUCCAAGGAUGAGGUACAGAGUGAGGGCACAGCUGCCGAGUCAGAUGCCCCGCCGAAGGAAGACGGGCUUUUGCCCAAACCCCCAUCUUCUGGGGGAGAGGAAGAAGAGAAACCCCGGGGCGAGGUGUCCGAGGACCUCUGCGAGAUGGCCCUGGACCCCGAACUGCUGCUGCUGAGGGACGAUGGGGAGGAGGAGUUCGCAGGAGCCAAGCUGGAGGAUUCCGAGGUCCGGUCGGUUGCCUCGAAUCAGUCAGAGAUGGAGUUCUCAUCCCUUCAGGACAUGCCCAAGGAGCUGGACCCCUCUCCUGUGCUCCCUCUGGACUGUCUUCUUGCUUUUGUCUUCUUUGAUGCCAACUGGUGUGGCUACUUGCAUCGGCGAGACUUGGAGAGGAUCCUGCUUACCCUUGGGCUCCGGCUCAGCGCAGAGCAGGCCAAACAGCUGGUCAGCAGGGUGGUGGCCCAGAACAUCUGCCAGUAUCGGAGCCUUCAGUACAGCCGCCCGGAGGGCCCGGACGGGGGGCUCCCCGAGGAGGUGCUCUUCGGUGCGUACCGUGCUCUGCGGCCUUCUGGGGACGGCGGAGCAGGCUGCCCUCUCCCGGGACCGUCCCUGAGUCUCUUCGCGGCCCGUCUAGGGAACCUGGAUCUGCUACCUCCUCCUGGGAAGAGCGCCAAGCCGGGCGCGGCCCCUGUGGAGCACAAGGGCCUGGUGUCCCACAACGGCAGCCUCAUCAACGUGGGGAACCUGCUGCAGCGUGCGGAGCAGCAGGACAGCGGGCGGCUCUACCUGGAGAACAAGAUUCACACACUGGAGCUGAAGCUGGAGGAGAGCCAUAACCGCUUCUCAGCCACUGAAGUGACGAAUAAGACGCUGGCCGCAGAAAUGCAGGAGCUGAGAACCCGGCUGGCUGAGGCUGAGGAUACGGCCCGGACGGCGGAGCGACAGAAGCACCAGCUUCAGCGGCUGCUACAGGAGUUCCGAAGGCGCCUGACCCCCCUGCAGCUUGAGGUGCAGCGGAUGGUUGAAAAGGCAGACAGCUGGGUGGAGAAGGAGGAGCCGGCGCCUAGCAACUGAGAGGCCUGGUGCGGGAGCUGCCAUCCUGUGAGGUCGGCGAUGGAGCCUGCUGAAGUUAGAGCCCUUUUGGUUCUAGAAGGAAGCUGGAGCAGGACCUGGGAGCCAUAGGCAGGGGUGACUGACCCCUGCGCUCGGCCUCCGUAGAGGAGCUCAGGCCGUCAGGGUGGGGUCUGUCUGUGCCGUGUGGGACGGGUGAGUGAGGAAGCCGGUUCCACUUGCAACUAAAUCCAACAUCUUCUGCACCCCUCGAAUGUCAUUUUGCCCUCUACCUUGGGAUUCCUCCUGGGGCCCUUUCGUCUUGUGCUUUCUCCUGUCCUCUUCCAGUUUAGAAUAAGACAGGGGAGGAAAAGGCUUUUUGAGUCUGUCAUAAGGUCUGAUGCCAAUAAACUGAAGAAACAGACGCGGAAGCUGGCUGGGGGUAAGAGCCCCUUCCUCCGGAUGGCACAAAUCCUGCCAGGUUUCAGGAGCAGGUUCUGGGGGGAAGGGUCUCCCGCGGCCAUUGCAGGAACAGUCAGUCAGUGCUAGCGAGCGUGUAGCGGUGGGCAGUGUUCGGCAGUGAACACCGUUCCAGCCACCCCAGACUUGCCAGAAGAAACCAGCACCUCUUUUCCCUGGCUCCCCGUGUUCAGAAUGUGGUAUUGGCUCUGGCCCAGCCUUUUCCCUGUUCCCCAUAAGUCUCGCCUCUUUCCAUAAUCCGUGGUUUCAGUUUGACUUUGUAUAUAAAGUGUUCUGUUUUGGUUUUUUUUUUUUUGGCUUUUUGUUUUUUAAAUAAACCAAAGUCAAAACAAA